CGUCCGCUCCUUCGUACCGGGCGACUUUUCGCGUCUGCUCUGCUGCUGCUCGCCAUGGUCGAGCCCGGCUUCCUCUGGCUGGCCAAGCGCCGGCUCGACUGGCUCUCCGCCGCCGCCGUGGCCGUGCUCAUUGCGCUGGGGGCCGCAGCGGCCUGGCACUGGAGGAGGCGGGCUAGUCGUCGGGGCCGGUUGCGGCUGCAGCCCGUGGGGACGGUGUCUGGGCUGUUCAUCUACCCGGUCAAGUCUUGCCGGGGGCUGGCCGUCAGGCAGGCUGAGGUCACCGACUUGGGUCUCCGGAGUGGAGACUUGCGCGACAGGUGUUGGCUUGUGAUAAAGGAAGAUGGACAUACGGUGACUGCACGGCAGGAGCCUCGGCUGGUGUUGAUUUCUGUGUCCAGUGAAGAUGGCUGUUUGAUUCUGAGAGCUCCAGACAUGGAGGAUCUCCGUAUUCCCGUCAAACUAUCAAGUAAAAAUCCAGUGCAGAAUUGCAGGUUGUUUGGCUUUGAUGUCCAAGGCAGAGACUGUGGAGAAGAGGCAGCUCAAUGGAUUACAGCCUUCCUGGACACUCAGCCAUACCGUCUUGUUCACUUUGAAUCAAACAUGUUUCCAAGGAAUUCAAAAGAUUUGCUGGAACCUUUUCGAACCAGUGAUAAGGAUGCAUGGGAUGAGAUUGUAAUUGGAAGUGCAGAAAUGAAAGGGGCAAUGGCCUGCCCAAGAUGUAUUUUAACAACUGUUGAUCCAGACACUGGGAUUAUGGACAGAAAAGAGCCUCUUGAAACCUUGAAAGGUUACCGCACUUGUGAUCCUUCUGAAAAGCAUAUAUACAAAUCAAGCCCUCGCUUUGGGUGGUACUUUGGAAUUGACAAGAAAGGAAUUCUUCAGGAUUAUUUUUUAUUCAGGUGUUGGACUGUGAUAAAGGAAGGUGGAUAUAUGCUGUCUGCUAAGGAGGAGCCUCGGUUGGUACUAGUUUCUGUUACCUGUGAACAUGGCUAUUUAACCCUGAAUGCUCCAGAAAUGAAGGCAUUGAGGAUACCUGUUGAGCUCCCAAGAACAAACUCAGUCUGGAACUGCAGGCGAUUUGGAAUCCAUGCUCAAGGGAGGGACUGUGGAGACGAGGCCGCUCAAUGGAUCACCAGCUUCCUCAACUCGAAACCUUACCGAUUGGUCCACUAUGAACCAAACAUGGUGACAAGGAAGCCAAGAGAUUUCCUGCCAUCUUUUCAACCUACAGAUGAGGUUAUCUAUGCUGAAGCCAGUCCAAUUCUGCUAAUCUCAGAAGCUUCCUUGGAAGAUCUAAAUACCCGACUAGAGAAGAAAAUUGCAAUAGCUAACUUCCGGCCGAAUAUUUUUGUUACAGGUUGUGGUCCUUAUGAUGAAGAUCAUUGGACUGACAUAUUAAUUGGUACUGUGGAGCUGAAAGGAAGAAUGUCUUGUCCCAGAUGCCUUAUCACAACAGUCGAUCCAGACACUGGGGUCAUGGAUAGAAACGAGCCCCUAAAAACGCUGAAAAGAUUUCAUCCUGGAGAGAAUCUAUCUAUGUGGUCGCUAAGGAUUGACACCGACUUGGCAGCACUUAAUCGAUCAAUCAACCUUACAGAUUAUUAUAACAGUCAAAAAUGCAGACUAGCCACUUUAGUACUGUUGAUGAAUUAGAUACUAAUUAUUUUCAUUCAUAAAAUGAAUGUAAAUUCAGAAUGAUUUUUCCUCCCUGCUGUAUUUUAUUCAUUUUAUGUCAAGGGAUUUUUUAGAAGCCUGGUUUUAUUUUCUUAUUGACGGAGUAUAAUUUCCCAUUUCUGUUUACAGUUAUCGCAAGUGUGAUUCUUCUGAACAACAUGCCUUUAAGUCUGAUCCUCCCUUUGGAUGGUGUUAUGGAGUUGAUAAAACUGGAGUAGUCCAGGUUGGAGAUCCUGUGUACAAAAUAAUCCGGUGAUGGAAGAUGUCUGAACUGUUAAAUGUACUUGUUCAAUUUCUAUGCAAAUGGAUUCUACAAAUGUGUAAAUUCAUUAACAAAAUACAUGCAAAUGGAUUCUGCAUGUAUUUUGUUAAUGAAUUUUCACAUUUGUUGUAAUGAAAGUUUUCUAUGAAGACUUUAAUUGGUUCUUGUGAUGUAAGUUGACUAAUUUCAACAGAGUUUGACCACACAAUUAUAUAAUCUGCAAACAUAUAAGUAAAGUUAGGACCUUUCUGCUGAAUCAGUUUUUUAUACAAUAAAUGUGUAGUUGUCCACAUUUAUAGUGCACAGUUCACACAUCUUCGCGGAAGAUGGCAUUUCUCUUGUAGGAGUGUUACAUUUAUGCCCCUUGAAACAAAACAUUUCCCAAUAUUAUAUCUUGCUGGGAGAGAUCAUCUGGGGAUUUAGAGUUGGGUGUUACCAGUAUGCUGAUGACACCCAGAUCUACUUCUUCAUGUCAAUUUCUUCAGGAGCUGGCAUAUCCUCCCUAAAUGCCUGCCUGGAAACAGUAAUGGGCUGGAUGAGGGAGAAUAAACUGAAGCUGAAUCCAGAUAAGAUGGAGGUACUUACUGUGCGGGGUCAGAACUCUAGAGAUGAUUUUGAUCUACCUGUUCUAGAUGGGGUCACACUUCCCCAAAAGGAACAGGUUUGCAGUCUAGGAGUACUUCUGGAUUCACACCUCUCCCUGGUUUCUCAGGUUGAGGCGGUGACCAGGGGUGCUUUCUGUCAGCUCCAGCUGAUACGCCAGCUGCGCCCGUUUCUCGAGAUCAGUGCCAUCAAAACAGUGGUACAUCUGUUGGUAACCUCCAGACUUGACUUUUGUAAUGUGCUCUACGUGGGGCUGCCUUGUAUGUAGUCUGGAAACUUCAGUUGGUUCAGAAUGCGGCAGCCAGGUUGGUCUCUGGGUCAUCUCGGAGAGACCAUAUUACUCAUUUGCUGAUGGAGUUACACUGGCUGCCAAUAGGUUUCCGGACAAAAUACAAAGUUCUAGUUAUAAGUUAUAAAGCCCUAAACGGCUUAGGCUCUGGCUAUUUAAGAGAGUGUCUUCUUCACUAUGAGCCUCAUCGCCCAUUGAGUUCAUCUGAGGAGGUCCAUCUCCAGUUACCAACAACUCGUUCGGUGGCUACACAGAGACGUUGCUGCCCUGAGAUUGUGGAAUGCGCUCCUUGCUGAGAUACGAUCCUCCCCAUCUCUGGCAAUUUUUCAAAAAACACCUGAAAACCCAUCUUUUUGCCCAAGCUUUCUCACCUUUUUAAAAUUGUCUGUUUUAAUUUUAUGGUCUGUUGAACUGAUUUUAAGAUUUUAAAAUGUGGUUUUUAUGGAGUUUUAUUGUAUUUUAACUUUUGUAAACCGCCCUGAGAUGCCUUAUGAAAGGCGGUAUAAAAAUUGAACAAUAAAUAAAAUAAAUAAAACUAGCAGACCCAGCACAUAA